CCCUGCCGGCUUCCGUAGCGCGGCCUGGACGGACUCGCGCUGGCCGGGCCAUGGCGUCGCAGGCGUCGCAGGGCGGGAGCCCCAUCCAGAUCCCCAGCCGACUGCCGCUGCUGCUCACCCCGGAGGCCGUGCUGCUGCCGGGCUCCACCAUGCGCGCCAGCGUGGACUCGCCGCGGAACAUGCAGCUGGUGCGGAGCCGCCUGCUGAAGGGCACGUCGCUCAAGAGCACCAUCAUCGGCGUUAUCCCCCGACACCCAGACCCGGCCGGCGACCAGGACCCCCUGCCCCCGCUCCACAGGAUCGGCACGGCGGCACUUGCAGUUCAAGUGGUUGGCAGCAACUGGCCCAAGCCUCAUUACACGCUGCUGGUAACAGGCCUCUGCAGAUUCCAGAUUUUGCAACUGGUGAAGGAGAAGCCCUAUCCAGUCGCUGACGUCGAGCAGCUGGAUCGGCUGGAGCAGUUCACCAACAAAUCGAAAGCCGAGGAGGAACUGGGGGAGCUGUCUGAGCAGUUUUAUAAAUACGCAGUGCAGCUGGUUGAAAUGCUGGACAUGUCGGUCCCUGCGGUCGCUAAACUACGACGCCUCUUGGACAAUCUGCCCCGGGAAGCUUUGCCGGAUAUAUUAACUUCCAUCAUCCGCACCAGUAACCAAGAGAAGCUGCAGAUUUUGGAUGCGGUUGGCUUGGAGGAGCGAUUCAAGAUGACCAUCCCCUUGCUCAUGCGGCAGAUCGAAGGGUUGAAGUUGCUUCAGAAAACCCGGAAGCCAAAGCAGGACAAUGACAAACGGGUCGUGGCCAUACGUCCCAUCCGAAGAAUCACUCACAUUGCAGAAGACGAGGAGGAGGAUGAAGACCACGAUGACAUUAUUGUGCUGGAGAAGAAAAUCCGCGCCUCCAGUAUGCCCGAGCAGGCUCUCAAAGUGUGCGUCAAAGAGGUGAAGAGGCUUAAGAAGAUGCCUCAGUCAAUGCCGGAAUAUGCCUUAACUCGGAAUUAUUUGGAGCUGAUGGUGGAACUGCCGUGGAGUAAAAGUACCAGAGACCGCCUAGAUAUCCGGGCAGCCAGAAUUCUCUUGGACAACGACCACUAUGCUAUGGAGAAGCUGAAGAAGAGAGUGCUGGAGUACUUGGCAGUCAGGCAGCUGAAGAACAACUUGAAGGGCCCCAUCCUUUGCUUCGUAGGCCCUCCCGGAGUUGGAAAGACUAGCGUGGGGAGAUCCGUGGCAAAGACUUUGGGCCGAGAGUUCCAUCGCAUUGCCUUGGGAGGAGUCUGCGACCAAUCCGACAUCCGAGGACACAGGCGCACCUAUGUGGGCAGCAUGCCUGGGCGAAUAAUCAAUGGCUUGAAGACCGUGGGGGUUAACAAUCCCGUAUUCUUACUGGAUGAGGUUGACAAGCUCGGGAAGAGUCUGCACGGAGACCCGGCUGCUGCACUGCUGGAGGUCUUGGAUCCGGAACAAAACCACAGCUUCACUGACCACUACUUAAACGUUGCCUUUGACUUGUCGCAAGUCCUCUUCAUAGCCACAGCCAACACCACGGCGACCAUUCCCCCGGCUCUGUUGGACAGAAUGGAGGUCAUUCAGGUUCCAGGCUACACGCAAGAAGAGAAGAUGGAAAUUGCUCACCGGCACCUGAUCCUUAAGCAGCUGGAGCAGCACGGCUUGACUCCGCAGCAAAUCCAGAUUCCCCCGGAAGCGACUCUGGCCAUCAUCACUCGGUACACCCGCGAGGCAGGAGUGCGCUCCUUGGACCGCAAAUUCGGAGCAAUUUGCCGAGCCGUGGCCGUGAAGGUGGCGGAAGGCCAGCACAAGGAGACGAAGCCAGAGCGCUCGGAGGGGACAGAAGGAGAAGAGUGCAAAGAGCACGUUGCGGAAGACGCAAAACCCGAUGCCAUCAGUGAGACGGCUGACCUGGCUCUGCCACCGGAGAUGCCCAUUUUGAUCGACUUCCAUGCCUUGAAAGAUAUCCUUGGACCACCAAUGUAUGAACUAGAGGUCUCUGAGCGACUGAAUCAACCAGGCGUUGCCAUCGGUCUGGCUUGGACCCCCUUAGGGGGUGAGAUCAUGUUUGUGGAAGCCAGCCGCAUGGACGGGGAGGGUCAGCUGACUUUGACCGGGCAGCUGGGUGACGUCAUGAAGGAGUCAGCCCAUCUUGCCAUCAGCUGGCUCCGCAGCAAUGCAAAGAAAUACCAGCUGACCAACGCUUCUGGAAGUUUUGAUCUCCUUGACAACACAGACAUCCAUCUGCACUUCCCAGCUGGAGCCGUCACAAAAGAUGGACCAUCUGCUGGCGUUACCAUAGUAACCUGCCUUGCUUCACUUUUCAGUGGGCGGCUGGUGCGUUCGGAUGUAGCCAUGACGGGAGAAAUUACACUAAGAGGCCUGGUUCUUCCAGUUGGUGGGAUUAAGGAUAAAGUUCUAGCUGCACACAGAGCCGGGCUGAAGAGAAUUAUCAUUCCCCAAAGAAACGAAAAAGACCUUGAGGAAAUCGCAGCCAAUGUGCGGCAGGAUCUGGAUUUUGUGAUGACGAGCUGCCUAGACGAAGUUCUUAACGCUGCUUUCGAGGGGGGAUUUUCAGCCAAGACUGGACUUGAUCACUUCAGUAGCAAACUUUAAGCAGGUUGACCAACUCAAGCUCACACAGAGAGCAAAAUGCGAAGCUGAUUUUCAUGUGCCGGGCUAUACAAAUGAGAGUAUCGAAGCAGGGCCAUUAGCCAUCAGAUUUUUAUGGCUAAGGGUUACCGUUCACCGGAACCCCUGUAAAUCUGCCAGCCAUUCAUAUUGGCCUUAAUAUGUAUUAACGGGAAAUAGUUUAUGGAGAUUAGAUUUCAACACCAACUUCUUAAUGACGAUGAUUAUUCCUUUAAGAUAUGGAGGAGUAGACUUCUACGGGAGCAAAAGAGCACUAUUCAAUCACAGGAGCCUGCAGGAAAUCAUUGCCUAAUAACAUUGAUUCUGGCUUCUUUCCCCUAGAAAGCUCAAGAUAAUUUCUUACCUACUUGGAUUUCAAAGAUGUAGUUAAAUUGUCAUUAUAUUAGGCAACAAUGUAGUUCACUUAAAAAAAAAAUCCUGGAGAAUUUAAUGCAAAUGAUUGGUACAGAACAGGCCUUGCUGGCAAGUACUGAGGAUAUAAGCUUGCUUGUUUGUUUCCGGUAAGAUGAUUUACAAAGAAAGGGGUUGGGGGGGAUUCCUGAAGUGGCUACAAUCAACACCUACAAUUCUCAGGAUCUAGGAGCAAAAGUAAACUAUAUACUGGAAGCAAAACACCAUCAUGAUAGUGUCUGCAGAGUUUGGCAUCUCCUACUGUUGAUCCACCUUUGUUUCAAAUUAUACAUGGAUAUGUUAAUCCCAUUUCACUGGGCAGAGGAAGCGUCUUAUUUUGUACAACAGAUAAGUUGCCUCAGUUGUGCUGGCGAGGUUUUUAAAAAAAAUUAAUUUGAGAAUGAUUCUUUCUAAAGAGAGCUGUAAACUUCAGAGGCCCCGACCCAGAAAAGAUGGGUGGUACAAGGUGCAAAGGCUGCCUUCUGUGUGGGUGGAAAGAUCCUCCAAGUGAUACACAGAAGGAAUGAAAAGUAGCAGUCACAGAAGAGGCAGGCAGGCAGGGUGUUGUGAAAAGGGAGUAACUCUUCACACAGACAACCUCAAGAUACCAAGCCUCCUUUAUGCCAGCUGAUGCACAAAGGCGUAUGCAGAUACAGGCUUGUUAGUGAAGCAACAGCUGUUGUGUCUGAGUGUGAGAUUAGACACAUACAGAAGAGAGGGGAGCUUCCAACGGCAUGCAGAAGCAAGUUUGGACCUGGGGUAUUCUUAGAGCAGGUCCAUGCCUGAUCUUAAUGGAAGAGUGGUAAGAAUUUCCAUGUGUGAAUGCGUCCUCUGCAAAGGCAGUCUGAAUUAUUCUUGUCAAAAUGUCCAAGUUUCUAAAACAGGGAUGGGGGAGGCUGGGGACAGAAACAGUUUGUUAGGUCUCCAGGGGAACAGGUGGGCCACAGCAUGAAACCAGAAGCUGGGCUAGAUGAACCAUUGGUUAAUGUAGAAGGGCUCUUAUGCCUUUUGAGUUAAAGCACCACCACUUAAUAGGCCACAAAAUAUGAUCACUGAGAACUUAAAAUUUGCAACUUGGUAGAUAACGUCUUUCUGAAGCACACAGAGCUGGGUUUGACAUAUUCGUUGGAAGUCCAAAGAGGAAAAACCCAACCCAAAUAAGAAUUAGGCCACGAAAAGCCUGAGAGAAACCAAAAUGAACACAAUGCUAAAAAGCGUACAGAAAUUAAAACAAAAAUUAAUACAUAAACUGUAUUUUUAAUAUGAAACAAUAAAAACAGGCUUAAAACAAUAGCUGUAUAAAACAGCUUGGGUAUUUUAUGUAUACACACAGCAAUUACUUUAACCCUCUUAAUUUUUUGUUCCACAUUAAGUUUAUAUGUUCCUUUUGG